AUGGCUGCCAACAUGAGUUCUUUGAUUGACGAUGUUCUUGAGACAGACAUCUUUGAAGAAUUGAAUCUCUCCGAAGUAGCAGUGCUGGGCGUCGGCGCCUAUGGAAAAGUCGUUCUGGCCGUCUCGAAAGACGACCCGAACGAAAAGCUGGCACUCAAAAUGUUUUCUUUAAGUGAAGAUGCAGCGGAUGAAGACGCCAGAAAGGUGGAUGAGGAAACAAAGAGAAUGUUCUGUAAGGAGGUCCAGGUCAUGAAAGGUCUCCACCACUGCAGCAUCAUGCCUCUUCUCUAUUCGGUACAAGCACCAGAUUGUUUGGCACUGGUGAUGCCAGCGUGCGAGCGUGGUGCAGUUGCAGAUGCCAUUACAACUCUACUCCCAAGUCAGCAGCUUAAAUAUAUAAGACAGCUGUGUCAGGCCAUACACUACCUCCAUGAGAAAAACACGGUCCAUCUUGAUAUCAAAGCAAACAACAUCCUGAUUGACGAUGACGACAACAUUCUUCUCUCAGACUUUGGCUUCUCUCGAGUUCUUCCAAACAAGCACGUAGAAAUCUUUGUAGAGCUCGGAACCGAGUAUUACAGAGCCCCAGAAACAUACUCUGAUGAAAGAGUCAAUCCUUUCAAGGUGGACAUGUACGCCUUUGGAAUGACCUGUUGGACUAUAGUGAUGAAAACAAGACCUUCAAAAGUGGACUUUCUGGACAUCAUCAGAAACAGCUUGGGUGUGCCUUACAUAUACAGAAGGAUGGUGACUUUCCUCCUGCAAGCUGACCCCGACAACAGGCCUUCCGCUGCUCAGGUCCUUGAAAUAGUUUCUAAACUAUAA